GACAGAUAUUAGAGAGAGAAAGAAGAGAGAGAGAGAGGUCGGUAGUCCCUACCAUUGCCAUCCCUAACUCAUCUCUUUCCUUCCUUUCUGGAACCAGAAACAUAUUACAUUUCCAAUUCCUAAAGUAAAGAUUUCCACUCUGCGUCUUCUGCAUUUCCUUCCAAGGAUCCAUUCCUCUCUUUCUCUCUGUUCUUGUUAUCUAACAAAAAUGUCGAAGCAGACUUACAAGGUUUGCUUCUGCUUCCGCCGGAGAUUUAGGCUCAGAGUAGCCGAAGCUCCGCAGGAUAUUAAGUCUCUCUUCGAAACCUACUCUGAGAACGGUACUAUGAACGUUGAUCACCUGCAUAGAUUCCUGAUAGAGAUCCAAGGAGAAGAUAAAGCCACCAAGGAGGAAGCACAGGCCAUUAUUGAUAGCUUGAAAGAUCUUAAGCACCUCAAUAUCUUCCAUCGCAAGGGUCUCAAUCUCGAAGCCUUCUUCAAAUAUCUCUUUGGAGAUAUUAAUCCUCCUCUCUCGCCUUCCCGUGGGGUGCACCAUGAUAUGACAGCUCCACUAUCUCAUUACUUUAUAUAUACAGGGCAUAAUUCCUACUUAACUGGGAACCAGCUCAGCAGUGAGUGCAGUGAUGUCCCUAUUAUAAAGGCACUACAUAGAGGCGUAAGAGUAAUCGAACUGGAUAUUUGGCCAAACUCCACAAAAGAUAGUGUUGAUGUUCUUCAUGGAAGGACUCUGACAACCCCUGUAGAACUCAUCAAAUGCUUGAGGUCUAUCAAGGAGCAUGCUUUUUCUGCAUCGUCACAUCCUGUUGUAAUAACUCUUGAAGAUCACCUUACUCCCGAUCUUCAGGCUAAAGUAGCUGAGAUGGUCAUCCAAACGUUUGGAGAUUUGCUGUAUACCCCUGGGCCAGAAGGCUUAAAACAAUUCCCUUCACCAGCAUCACUGAUGAAACAGCUCAUUAUUUCAACUAAACCACCCAAAGAAUACCUUGAAGGUAAGAUUGGUAAGAAAGAGAGUGAAUCACAGAAGGAGAAGGAUUCAGCCGAUGAAGAGACAUGGGGAAAGGAAGUUCUAGACUUGGAGCAUGCAGUUGAAGCUUCUGAUAAGAAAGAUGAAACAGAUGAGGAAGAAGAAGAAGAUAUUGAUGAUGGAGACCGCAAAACACAGCAGAUUGGAGCACCCGAGUAUAAGCGUUUAAUUGCCAUUCAUGCUGGGAAAGCGAAGGGUGGACUUAGUGACUGGCUACGGGUGGAUCCAGAUAAAGUGAGACGUCUUAGCUUGAGUGAACAAGAACUUGAAAAUGCAAUUAUUACUCAUGGAACUGAGAUUGUCAGGUUCACCCAGAAGAAUUUGCUGAGAGUAUACCCGAAGGGUAUACGUGUUGAUUCGUCAAAUUAUAAUCCACUAAUUGCAUGGAUGCAUGGAGCUCAAAUGGUUGCUUUUAAUAUGCAGGGAUAUGGCAGGUCGCUCUGGCUGAUGCAUGGAAUGUUCAGAGCAAAUGGAGGCUGCGGCUAUGUAAAAAAACCCGAUUGUCUGUUAACAGUUGGUCCGAAUAAGGAGGUCUUCAAUCCUAAAGCGAAGCUGCCGGUUAAGAAAACCUUGAAGGUGAAAGUGUACAUGGGGGAUGGAUGGUAUUUAGAUUUUAAUCACACUCAUUUUGAUGUAUACUCCCCUCCAGACUUUUAUGCCAGGCAGGUCGGAAUUGCUGGGGUCACAGAUGAUACAAUAAUGAAGAAGACAAAGACAAUUGAGGACGAUUGGACGCCAACUUGGGAUGAGGAGUUUGAAUUCCAUUUGACUGUUCCAGAGCUUGCUUUGCUUCGGAUUGAAGUUCAUGAGUAUGACAUGUCUGAGAAAGAUGACUUCGGGGGCCAAACAUGUUUGCCUGUGUCAGAAUUGAGGACAGGAAUCCGAGCAGUCCCACUUCAUAACCGCAAGGGGGAGAAGUACAACAAUGUAAAGCUUCUUAUGCGCUUUGAGUUUGCUUGAUAUCUCCUUUGGGAUGUUUUCAAAGAUUGGGUGUCGUGCUUGAUAGUCCCAUGGCCAUGCUAUGUUGUGUAUGUAUUGUUUCUUUUUUCUUCGUUUGAUACGUAUGUUGUGUAUGUAUUGUAUAUUCAUUACAAGGUUACAUGUUUGCAUGAGUCAGUAAUAGUGUUGUGUAUUGUUUCACCCAAAAAAAGAAAAUAGUGUUGUGUAUUGCAGAAGAA